AUGUCAGUUGCUAAAGAAUUCGAGAUUGCCAAUGAGGCGUAUGUAGCACGAUUUAACAAGGGAUCUUUAUCUCUUCCUCCAGCAAGAAAAGUUGCAGUGGUGGUUUGCAUGGAUGCAAGAAUUGACCCCGCGGCGGCAUUGGGAUUGGAAGAAGGUGACGCUCAUGUGAUAAGAAAUGCGGGUGGCAGAGCUUCUGAUGCAUUACGCAGUAUUAUUAUCUCGCAACGCUUGUUGGGAACUCGCGAGAUAGUAGUAAUUCAUCACACGGAUUGUGGUAUGUUAACAUUUACGGAUGAUAAGUUGCGAGACAUUGUAAAGCAGGAAACGGGCCAUUCUGUUGACCACGUUUCGUUUCUUCCUUUUUCAGAUCUCGAGCAGAGUGUCUACGAUGAUGUCCAGUUCUUUAAAGCUAAUCCCUUAGUAUUAGAUGUUCCUGUCACCGGAUUUAUUUACGACGUAAAAACAGGUGCUAUUAGACCUGUUUAA